AUGAGGAAGCUCAGCAGCAGGACCAUGCUGGAGGAUGAGGAUGGGAUGAGUGAGAGGGGGCUCAGCAGCUCCAGGAGGAGAUAUGACGAUGAGGAAGAUUACCACUCCAUCUACAUCGGGGUGCCGGUGUCCCGGGGCUACCGGCGCAAGCGGCGCCGCCGCAGGUCGGUGUCCAGCCGGGACAGGGCGAGCGAGGCCGAGCAGCCCGACGAGCGCCAUGACCGCUCCGACACCGACGACGGCCACGGCUGCUCCGAGAGCAACGACAAUGCCAGCAGGACCAUGUCUCCAGCUGCCGAGCGGCUCCGCUACAUCCUGGGGGAAGAUGAUGAACCUCCCAACCCCACGCUCUUCACGGAGAUGGACACACUGCAGCACGAUGGGGAGGACAUGGAGUGGAAGGAGUCAGCCAGGUGGAUCAAAUUUGAAGAAAAGGUGGAGGAAGGAGGGGAAAGGUGGAGCAAGCCCCACGUGUCCACCUUGUCCUUGCACAGCCUCUUUGAGCUACGGACGUGUCUACAGACAGGAACGGUGCUCCUGGACUUAGAUGGCUACUCUUUGCCCCAGAUCAUAGAUGAUGUGAUUGAGAAGCAGGUGGAGGAUGGUCUGCUCAAGCCAGAGCUGCGGGAGAAGAUCAGCUACGUGCUCCUCAGGAAGCACCGUCACCAAACCAAGAAGCCAAUCCACCGGUCCUUGGCCGACAUCGGCAAGUCCGUCUCCUCCAACACAGAGCACGCCCCGGCCCGCGCCCGGGGCGGGGGCGCGCCCGCCGGCGCCGCCUUCCACCGCUCCACCGAGGACCUGCGGAUGCGGCAGAGCACCAGCUACGGCCGCCUGCGUCACGCGCAGAGUCGGAGCAUGAACGACAUCUCGGACACGCCAAGCACUGACCAGCUGAAGAAUAAGUUCAUCAAGAAGAUCCCCAAGGAUGCAGAGGCCUCCAAUGUACUGGUGGGAGAAGUGGAGUUCCUGGAGAAACCCUUCGUAGCUUUCGUGCGGCUUCUCCAGGCAACCAUGCUGGGAGGAGUGACAGAGGUGCCCGUCCCCACCAGGUUCCUCUUUAUUCUCCUGGGUCCUGCAGGAAAAGCCAAAUCCUACAACGAGAUCGGCAGAGCCAUCGCGACCCUCAUGGUGGACGAUCUCUUCAGCGACGUUGCCUACAAAGCCCGGGACAGAGAAGACCUGAUUGCUGGCAUAGAUGAGUUUCUGGAUGAGGUCAUUGUCCUGCCACCCGGCGAGUGGGACCCCAACAUCAGGAUUGAGCCACCCAAAAAAGUGCCCUCAGCUGAGAAGAGGAAAUCAGUGUUCUCCCUGAACGAGGUGGGGCAGAUGAACGGCACGGCCGGGGGCGCGGGCGCCGGGGGCGGCGGAGGCGGCAGCGAUGAUGGGGAAAUGCCUGAAGUUCAUGAAAUCGGGGAAGAGCUCGCGUGGACUGGCAGGUUUUGUGGUGGCCUCUAUUUGGACAUCAAAAGGAAGCUGCCCUGGUUCCCGAGUGACUUCUAUGAAGGCUUUCAUAUCCAGUCCAUCUCUGCCAUCUUGUUCAUCUACCUGGGCUGCAUCACCAAUGCCAUCACCUUUGGGGGCUUGCUUGGGGACGCUACGGACAACUACCAGGGUGUCAUGGAGAGCUUCCUGGGCACGGCGAUGGCGGGUUCCAUGUUCUGCCUCUUUGCGGGGCAGCCGCUCAUCAUCCUCAGCAGCACCGGCCCCAUCCUCAUCUUCGAGAAGCUUCUCUUUGACUUCAGCAAAGGCAAUGGCAUCGACUACAUGGAAUUCCGCCUCUGGAUCGGCCUCCACUCUGCCUUCCAGUGCCUUAUCCUGGUGGCCACCGACGCCAGCUUCAUUAUAAAGUACAUCACCCGCUUCACAGAGGAAGGUUUCUCCACCCUCAUCAGCUUCAUCUUCAUCUACGAUGCCAUCAAGAAGAUGAUUGGAGCCUUCAAGUAUUAUCCCAUCAACUCAGACUUCAAGCCAGACUAUGUGACCAUGUACAAGUGCGAGUGCGUCGCUCCCGACCCAGCCAACGCGACCUUGUUCGAUGCUUCAGCUCCAGUGGCACCAAACACCACUAACGUUUCUCUGUACAAUGCUAUUAACCUAACAGCUCUGGACUGGACUCAGCUGAGUAAGAAGGAGUGUCUGAAAUACGGUGGGAGCUUGGUGGGAAAAUCCUGUAAAUUCGUGCCUGACUUGGCCCUCAUGUCCUUCAUCCUCUUCUUUGGGACCUACUCCAUGACCUUGACCUUGAAAAAAUUCAAGUUCAGCCGCUAUUUCCCCACCAAGCUGCGUAAACUUAUUAGUGAUUUCUCUAUCUUUAUGUCCAUACUAAUGUUUGUGGGGCUGGAUGUGCUUUUUGGACUCAACACCCCAAAGCUCCAAGUGCCUACUGAUUUUAAGCCCACCCGAGUGGACCGAGGCUGGUUUGUGUUUCCCUUUGGGAAGAACCCAUGGUGGGUUUACCUGGCCAGUGCCCUGCCUGCCCUGCUGGUCACCAUCCUCAUCUUCAUGGACCAGCAGAUCACGGCUGUCAUCGUCAACAGGAAGGAGCACAAGCUGCGGAAAGCUGCGGGCUACCACCUGGACCUCUUCUGGGUGGGCAUCCUGAUGGCUGUCUGCUCCUUCAUGGGGCUGCCCUGGUACGUGGCAGCCACUGUCAUCUCCAUCGCCCACAUUGACAGCUUGAAGAUGGAGACGGAGACCAGUGCCCCGGGGGAGCAGCCCCAGUUCCUGGGGGUCAGGGAGCAGAGAGUGACGGGCAUCAUCGUCUUCGUGCUGACGGGAAUUUCCGUCUUCCUGGCUCCGAUCCUGAAGUACAUCCCCAUGCCGGUGCUCUACGGCGUCUUCCUCUACAUGGGUGUCGCAUCGCUGAACGGCAUCCAGUUCUGGGACCGCUGCAAGCUCUUCCUCAUGCCAGCCAAGCACCAACCUGACUACGUCUUCCUCCGGCACGUGCCGCUGCGCCGCAUCCACCUCUUCACGUUGGUGCAGAUCAUCUGCCUGGCUGUCCUCUGGAUCCUCAAAUCUACUGUGGCUGCCAUCAUCUUCCCUGUCAUGAUUUUGGCCCUGAUCCUGGUGAGGCGGCUGCUGGAUUUUGUCUUCUCUCAACAUGACCUGGCCUGGAUUGACAACAUCAUCCCUGAGAAGGAGAAGAAGAAAGAGGAUGAUAAGAAGAAGAAGAAAAAAGGCAACAAAGGAGAUGGCAGCAGUGAUGAGGAGGUGGGUCCUCCACCUGGAGCUUUGCGUUCUGAUUCCUCCCCAAAUGGUUCAGACCUGGAUCGCAGUAUCACACUUCACCUGAAGAUCUCGUGCCCAUCCUCUCCUGCAUUUAACUACUCCCGAAGCCCCAUGUGCUCCGUGCCCCAGGUGAAGAUCGAGAUGGAGUCGGACUAUGAGGACACGGACACCGAGAAACCACCCCGGGACAUGGGCAGUGAGACCACCCUAUAG